AUGGCGGGCGUAGUCGGGCCCGGCCGCGGCGCCGAGGAGCUGAGCUUGCUGGAGAAGUCUCUGGGGCUGAAGAAGGGGAACAAGUACUGCAGCCAAGGAGAGCGGAAGAUUCCUGUACUACAGACAAACAAUGGCCCCAGUCUGACAGGACUGACCACUAUAGCCAUGCAUCUAGUCAAACAAGCAAAACGGGACCAGCUGCUUGGGAGUACUGCAGAAGAGAAAGCAAUAGUUCAACAGUGGUUAGAAUACAGAGUGACGCAAGUAGAUAAGCAAUCCAGUAAAGAAGAAACUAGAAUAAUUUUGAAGGACCUUAAUUCAUACCUUGAAGAUAAAGUAUAUGUUACCGGAAACAACUUUACUUUAGCAGAUAUCUUGAUGUAUUAUGGACUGCACCACAUCAUAGCUGACCUUACAGUGCAGGAGAAGGAGAAAUACCUUAAUGUGUCUCGCUGGUUUAAUCAUAUUCAGCACUAUCCAGGUAUCAGACAACAUCUGUCCAGCAUAGUCUUCUUCAAGAACAGACUCUAUAAUGCUCAUUAAGAGAUCAAAUGCCAUGUUUGGCAUUCUUGAGGAAUGAAACCCAUCAUUUGGAUCCACUAACAAG